UCUCAUUUUUUUCCCGGUAUAGGCAGAGCAGUAUAAGUACUCUGCUUCGACCUCCAUUGCAUCCCCCUGUCUACAGUUCUUUUCUCUUCCCCGAACUAACUGGCAAGAAAAAAUAGCAAAGCUAACUCCAUCAAUGGCGUCGACUAAGGUCUUCAUUGUCUACUACUCCAUGUACGGACAUGUGGCUAGGCUCGCCGAAGAGAUCAAGAAAGGCGCAGAAUCGGUGGAGGGAGUCGAAGCCAAAUUGUGGCAGGUUCCCGAGAUGUUGCCUGAGGAUGUUCUUGCUAAGCUGAGCGCUCCGCCGAAGAGUGACGUUCCCAUCAUUUCUCCUGAUCAGCUCCCGGAAGCCGAUGGGCUCAUCUUUGGGUUUCCGACCCGAUUCGGUAUGAUGGCCUCUCAGUUCAAGGCCUUCUUCGAUGCAACCGGCGGGCUAUGGAGGACCCAGAAGCUGGCUGGCAAGCCCGCGGGAAUUUUCUACAGCACUGGAUCCCAGGGCGGCGGACAAGAGACCACCGCGUUGACGGCAAUAACCCAGCUGACUCACCAUGGGCUGAUAUUUGUGCCGAUUGGGUACACGUUUGGGGCUGGGAUGUUUGAGAUUCAACAGCCCAAGGGGGGGAGCCCUUAUGGGGCCGGGACAUUUGCCGGCGACGGUUCAAGGCAGCCAACCGAGCUCGAGCUCGCCCAAGCUUUCCACCAGGGCAAGUACUUUGCCGGCAUCACCAAGAAGCUUAAACAACCUGCUGCUUAGAUUGGAUUGCUCUCAAUCGACUGAAUCAUCCAUCACAAUCCACCCAUGAAAGUAUCUCCCCUCAUAAUAUUUCCAAUAAAUUUUAGUCCGACACUUAUUUUUCAUGAGAAUUAAAAUCAGUUUGGAUUAUACAGUUUGGAUAUACACAGUUUGUGUGUUUAUCGAUCUGAAAUAUUAAUGAAAAUUUGCUCUGCAACUCGGUAUUUUCAACUA